ACUAUAAUAUACUGGUAUAAUAUAUUUUGGGGUUUUCUACGAACUUAGAAGCAAAUUCCCCCUUUACUUCUGUAUGAAGCGUUGGUAACACAAACCGGAUCUGUAUAACUAACAAAAUUCACAUUGCAUGUGCAUUUUAUCUUCAUCAGAUCCAUCCUUACAUUUUUUUUCUGUUCUUUCUUUCAUCAGGGACGUGGAAGGAGAGCGUUGGAGUAACCGGUAAAAUUGCUGCCACGCUUAAAUAGUCUCGGGCAGAAAUGUAAGGUAAGACUGCACACAAUAGAUCGUUGUGGUGGGGCCUACAUAGCGGGAGCUUUAGUGCACCGUGCUGCCUUGCUCGUAAGAGGGAUGUAAAUUUCCAGCAUUGCUUGUUGCUAGCAAUUAAUUGAACUGUUAUCAGAGUGCUGUAGGUUGACGCCAGCCAGAAUAAUAAGCCAUAUAGCUUUUUGUCUUUUGGAUAGAGGGGGUGUCCGGGCCAGCUUUCGUGCACCUUUAACGACCUCACACUAGCAACACGUAUCAGGUUGCAAGGUGAUCCUAGUUGCUUAAAUUAUCGUGCUUACUUUGUCUGCUUCCAUCCAUCUGUUCUUGGGAGUCUUGUGGAUGCCUGCCAACAGUCCACAUCUGCGGAAGUCUGGAAGUCGAGCGGUUGUUUCUGAUCUUGGUACUCUUGAGCUUGGAGGGAGUUCUGAAGAAGCCCUUCUGCAUAGCAUAGAUGCCAAUGAAAUGAAGGGUGUGACCACACCUUUGAGCAGCGCAGCCAUAAUGCCAUCUCCUGUUCUUUUAUGGAGAUUUAAGGUUUUUCUGUUCCUCGUUUGGGGUUUCGGUUGUUGCAAGAUAAGCUGGGAUUCAGUUAUGAGAAUGAGCGUAAACCUUCGUGAUCUGUUCUUAUAUGAGGCUUUUCUUUAUUACAAUCCUCUUCUUCUUGUGACCAUGAUGGUUUGGUUUUGGGGCAUAAACCUAUGGGUUUUUGCGCAGGCUAAUGUCAACUAUGCUAAAAUUUUUGACCUUGAUCAGAAUCAUCUUUCUCACAGAGAGAUUUGGAAGUGCGCUACUUGGAUGACGAUCAUUGUGCCGACAAGCAUGACAGCCUAUCUCUAUCUGUACUCACACGGAGAAGUUUCGUUGGCUGCAUCUCAACCAGUGCUCUUAUAUGCUGCUUUUGCCAUGGCUCUGAUUUUUCCAUUUGAUAUAUUCUAUUUGUCAUCUCGCUUUUUUUUUUUAAGGACUGUUUGGCGGAUAGUUUUCCCAUUCCAGGCAAUAUCAUUUGCUGACUUCUUUCUGGCUGAUAUAUUCACUUCUAUGUCCAAGGUAUUUUCAGAUUUGGAGCGUUCCGUCUGUAGAAUGGUUCAUCGACAGGUUGCUACCAUUGCAUGGUUUGAAGCUGAUUCUAUUUGUGGAAGUCAUGCUGUUGCAAUUCCCAUUGUUCUUGUAUUGCCUUAUCUUUUCCGCCUGUUCCAAUGUCUUCGGCAAUAUAAGGAUACUAGAGAGAAGACUACCCUGUUAAAUGCGUUGAAAUAUUCAACUGCAGUACCUGUGAUAUUUCUCUCUGCCCUUAAGUAUCACGUCUUCCCUGACAACUGGGUUAAUAUUUAUCGUCCUUUGUGGCUUCUGUCCGGUGUGGUGAAUUCACUCUACUCAUUCUAUUGGGAUCUGACAAGAGAUUGGGACUUGAGUUGCUUCACUCGGAUUUUCAAGUUCAGCAGACCAAAUUCACUAUCAUACUUGUUAUACGGGCGGAAAUGGGUCUACUUUUGGGUAAUAGGAACCAACCUCAUCCUGCGAUGCACGUGGACAUACAAGCUUUCUUCCCAUCUCCGACACAAUUAUCUCACUGUGUUCACAAUCACCGCACUUGAGAUCUUCCGUCGCUUCCAGUGGGCUUUCUUCCGUGUAGAGAAUGAGUGGAAUAAAACAAACUCUAAACCAAUUAUUCAACUCUCCACGAUUGACAAGCCAAAUGAUGAACAAAAAUUACUCGACCCAAAUGGUCACAGUGUAUAGACUAUGGAACAUUAUAGAUCCGACCAACAUUAUAUGAGGUUGACUGAACAACCUUCUUCAAACCUGGCAGAAAGGUUUAAUGGGAUCUCAUUUUUCCUUUUUUUGCCUACAAGAUUUUCUUGUCAAUAGUAUAGUAUGAUAUUGAAGGUCCAGAGACAUUAGAUAAUUUACAAGAUUCAACCGGCAUUCCUUUUUGGUGGUCUAAAUCCCCCUAAGUUCUUUGUUAGGCCUUUCUAAUCAUUUUCUUUGCAACAUACAUAUGCCAAUUUUUGAGGUAGCGUCACUGGAGAUGUUUUGUACUUUAUGGUGUCUCGACGUUAUUACAUUUUCAUAUCAGCAAAUCAUGCUGGAACAUAUAGUUCUUCGGAGUAUUGAUGAUCCCAGUUUAAUGAAAAGGAUGGAACACAUGUUGGUUUUUGGUA